AUGUAUCACUACGCGAGUCCACCUCAUGGGUGGUCAACCUACGAUUACUCCCACUCACCACCCACUUCACCAUACUACGCGCAAUAUGCCUCGCAAUACGCAAGCACAUAUGCCUCACCUCGUGGCACCUCCCGACGCCACACGCGCAAGGCAAGCUACACGGCGACCGCGAAAGAUUCCGCAUAUCAGUCCGGCUACCCACACACCUACUACGAGGCCACCCCCGAGUACGGUAUCCCGUCGCGCAAGCACGACCAUGUAAGUGCUUCUUCCGCGGGACCCAAACACCGUCGCACCCGUACAAUGGGGUCCUCGACGGGGGAUGGCUAUGGCGCAGGCGCAGACACAGGUACGGGCACCGGCGUUCGAGUGGGCACUUACCCGCAAACCAAGCAGCCCAUCUUUGUGGAUGUGGCUGAUGAUUAUGCGCCGCCACGGUACGCCUCGGUCUAUGAGAAGCCAUCGCCGCGCGAGCCUCGUGCGUCGCGCCAUGGCCGUCCCUCGACCGCUGCGGCAGAACCCUCUACGCCGACACGAGAUGGCCCCGGCCAGCAUCGUCGAACCGCGUCAACCACGUAUCGCAAAUCGUCAGCCGCUGAUUCUCACUUUUAUUUCAACCAGGCUCCCAAUUCUGACGACCUCGAAGCCGCUCGUCGGUCCCACGCCCGGCGCCAGUCCACCUCGACGCGUACGCCGUCCAAGCCUAAGCCUGCACCGCCCCCUUCGAAGCCGCCACCCGUUGCCACAGAAGAAGACGCCGAGCGCGCGGGCAUCCCGCCCGGUUACUCAACCAAGAACUGGGACCCCACUGAAGCGCCCAUUAUCCUCCUUGGCAGUGUCUUCGACGCCAACUCGCUGGGUAAAUGGAUCUACGACUGGACCGUCUUUCAUCACGGCGCAUCUACGCCCAUGGCUGAUGUGGCAGGUGAUCUCUGGUUGCUGCUGAUCAAACUAGCCGGUAAAGUGAAGCGGGCGGACGAGUGUCUCCCGCGGAUCAAGCGCGUCGAAGCCGCAGACAUUGUGGAAGAUUUCCUCGAGAGCGGUGAUCGACUGUGGAACCGGUUCAAGAAGCUCCUCAAGGCGUGCGAGAUGUUCAUGUGGAAGGCCGCCAAGCGCGAGGGCGGCAAGGGCCCCGUGUCCAUGGGGCGUAAUGCCGGCUGUGAAUUUGUGGAUUCCAUCUUUGGCCGUGAUCGCGAACUGGAAAAUACCGAGAAGUUGAUGAACAGCAUUCGACUGUGGAACAUGCGCUUCGACGCCAAUUGCGAGGAGAUUCUGCGUCGCCCUUCUGCCAAAUAG